AUGGUGAAAACCCGACGCAGUAAUGGAGAGAAUGGGGAGGUUGAGGAAGGGAGUUACGCUUUAAACGACGUUGCCAGCGUCUCUGAUGUGAAGGCACCCAAUUGGUCCCCACGUGAGCUUAGGAGUAGUCAAUAUAAAGUUAAAAGAAAGAUCCAGCGGUGGCCUACGAAACAUAGUCGAAGUAGGCUCAGAAGAAUUAGAAUGCCACAAAUUGUAUUUCCAGAAAGUGACACUGAGCCAGAGAAGUACUCAAGGAGGUCUCGUCAGGUACGAGUUUUCUUUGCCGAUGACAAUGAGUCCACGAAUAGGAGCAUGAAAAUUCGGCGAUGCCGUGGCCCCAGGAAGAAUUACAGUGAAGAUAAGCCUAUCCAGCAAAGUUCUUUCUCAGAUGUGAGAAGAAGUUGUCGCAAACGCAAGCUGCUCCACCACAAUUUCAAUGAGAGCUGGAUCACCAACGAGUUGAAAGUAAAGGGCUACCCGGACCUCUACGGCUUCCCGGGCUCAAGUUCGUCGGACGAGUCAUCAUCAGGCGAUGAAGCGGCCGUAGCAAAUAAGAAGAUGACACCAAAUCAUAUUCCAACCAAUACGGACGAGGACACUCAGCUGUCGCGGCAAAGAAGAACCUCAGCUAGAUUCAACAACAAAAAGGAUGCCACUGAAUCGGAAUCAGAGGAUGAAAACAACCAAACUGUGAUAGAGAAGAAACCGGUACAAGAAACCAAAUUGGAGAACAAAGAGAUGGAGACAGGGGUGAUUAUACAAAAGGUCGAAGCCGUCAAAAGUGACCCUGAGCAGUCGAAUCAGAAUCAAGAAAGUGAGAGUAAUCAGGGUCCGGCGCGAUCCACCAGAGGUAGAGGCAGAAGGCAGAAGAAAGAAGACAGUCAACAUGAAACUGCAUCGGAGUCCUCGUCGUCGGAGACCAGCAGCGAGCUGGCGCUCGGCAGGCAGCCCCGCCGCUCCAAGCGCACGAGGAAACCUAAGCCGGCAUUCGUUGAGAUCGCGCCCAGAGAGACCAGGGGCAGAGGUAAAACAUUUACAAUAAGAAAAAAACCAUACAGCUUAAGAGAAAGAAAGCCGAAAAUUCUUCGUAGGAAAACUAUCAGAUCUCAAUCACCGUCCAGCAGUAGUAGCAGCAGCACAUCCAGUUCCGACACAGAGGAGGACCUCAAUGUCUCCAUGAAGAAUAAGACCAAGGGCAGGCAAAAGUCGAAAUCUAUGGACGAUAAGAAGACUGACAGAGCGCUCAGAGACAUUCAGCCGGUCGAAGUUGAUGGAAGCGUCAGAUUUACUUCCGUCGGUGGGCUGGAGGAGCACAUAAAGUGCUUACGCGAGAUGGUCCUAUUUCCUCUAAUGUAUCCGGACCUCUUCAACAAAUUCAAGACGCGGCCGGCCAAGGGCGUUUUAUUCCACGGCCCGCCUGGCACUGGCAAGACAUUGCUGGCAAGGGCGCUGGCGAAUGAAUGCAGUUUGGUGGGUGGCAGGAAGGUGGCAUUCUUCAUGAGGAAGGGGGCGGACUGCCUGAAGAAGUGGGUUGGAGAGAGUGAAAGACAUCUUAAGUUACUAUUUCAGCAGGCGAACAAAAUGAAGCCGUCGAUAAUAUUCUUCGACGAGAUCGACGCUCUGGCGCCAGUGAGGAGUGUCCGACAGGAGCAGGUGCACACCAGCGUGGUCGGCACACUCUUGGCCGAGAUGGAUGGCCUCUGCGACAGGGGCGAGGUGAUAAUAAUCGGCGCGACGAACCGCCUGGACGCGGUGGACCCGGCGCUGCGGCGGGCGGGCCGCUUCGACCGCGAGCUGCACUUCCCGCCGCCGCACGCGGCCGCGCGCCGCGACAUACUGCACAUCUACACGCGCGACUGGGCGCCGCCGCCCGCGCCGCGCACGCUCGACAACGUCGCCGACGUCACCACCGGAUACGGCGGUUCGGAUUUGAAAGCAUUGUGUUCGGAAGCAGUUUUAAGAGCUUUGAGGAGAGUGUACCCGCAAGUGGAGGUGCGCCUGGAGGACCUGGAGAGCGCGAUAGCGGGCAUGGUGGCGGCGGGGGCGCGCAGCGCGCCGCCGCCCGCGCGCCGGCUGCCCGCGCACGCGCUGCCGCUGCUCGGGCCGCAGGUGCGCGCCGCCGCGCCCAUGCUGCGCGCCAUCGUGCCGUCGCACGCGGACAGCGUGAAGGCGUCGGAGGAAAUGCUGGCGCCGAGCGCGCUGCUGAUAAGCGGCGAGUGCGCGGAGAGCCACAUCGCGCCCGCGCUGCUCGAGCGGCUCGAGCGCUUCACCGUCAGGGAGCUCAGCGUCGCCACGCUGCACUCCGCGCUCGCGUUCACUCAGGAGCAGGCGCUCAUAUCGGUGUUCUCCGAGUGCCGUCGGGCGGAGCGCGGCUGCGUGCUGUUCGUGCGCGACGUGGCGGCCGUGUGGGCGGCGCUCGGCGCUUCCGGCGGCGCGCUGCUGCUGCAGCUGUGGCGCACGCGCGCCGCGGGCCACGCCACCGCACUGCUCGCCACCGCCGCGCAGGAGCCGCAGCGGCUGCCCGUGGAGCUUCAAGAACUGUUCCCGGCGUACAAGGACUGCGUGUACACAGUUCGCGAGCCGACCGCCGCCGAGGUCAUCGCUUUCCUGAAGCCGAUCAUCACCGAAACACCCCUACUGCCUCCCGUUAUAGAAAACAACGAACCGCCGCCUCCCUUACCCAGAGCGCCGCCGCCGCCGCCGCCGCGCGAGAGCGCCGAGGAGGUGGCGCGACGCAAGCGCAAGGAGGACUACAAGCUGCGCGAGCUGCGCAUCUUCCUGCGCGACAUCUGCCGGAAGCUCGCCUCCAAUCGACGCUUCUACAAGUUCACCAAGCCCGUCGACCUCGAGGAAGUGACCGACUACUUGGAUAUAAUAAAGCAACCGAUGGACUUGGAGACGAUGAUGACGAAGGUGGACAUGCACAAGUACAAUUGUGCUAAGGAGUUCCUCGACGACAUCGAUCUGAUAUGCGCCAACGCUCUGGAGUACAAUCCCGAUAGGCCUAGAGGGAUGUAUAGGACGUCGUCGGACAAACAGAUACGGCACGAGGCGUGCUCCCUGCGGGACCACGCGCACGCCCUCAUCGACGUCGAGAUGGACAGCGACUUCGAGCUCGAGUGCCAGGACAUUGCUCGGAAGCGGCGCGAGGAGGGCGCCGUCGAGGACAACGACCUGCCCGACUUCAUUUACACCGCCUCCAACUUGCCUGAAGGCUUUGACUCAACGGCGAACGACAGCAAAAACAUUCGAACGCCGCAGAAUGGGGAGAAAAGCGAAUCUCAUUCGGCCAAGCGAAAGCGUAGAAGAAUGAACGCCUGGUCAAAGGGAUUGGUUGUGAAAAGACCGAAGACCUCACAUAAGUCGUUCAAGGACGCGAGCAUGGCGAUAACGGACGAGGAGUCGAAGGAGAACAAGCCGAUCACCUCGACGCCGCUGCCCAACGGCUCGGCGACCUCGUCGGGCUCCGACGACGACGCGCCGCUGCGGCGGCCGCCCGCCGACGAGUCGCUGCUCGCCGCCGCCGCGCACAACGCACACACGCUCGAUAGCCCACCGAAAUCGGGUGAGAAGACGCCGUCGAAGACAUCGCCAAAGAAAAGAAAUUCGGGACAUGAUACCAAUAGUGGAGACGCCGAGAGGGUGUCGAUAAGCAAGGCCGAGCUGGACAACGUGCUGUACAAGAACGCGAAGGCGCUCCGCGGCGUGGGGCCCGCCGCUUUGCUAGAGCUGCAUACGCAGCUGACGCAGGCGGUGCGCGCCUACUCGGCCACGUGCGAGCGGGAGCGGCUGCCCUCCGAGAUGGCGGCCAUCGUCGCCCGCUACCUGCAGCUGGCGCGGAAG